UCAAGGAUAUAGCCGAAAAAUUGGGAACCAUUGCCACUGUAAGCCAAUUGAGGAGAAUUAGUUCAGGCGAUUUUCAUAUCGCCCAGGCUCUAAAAUUAGCAGAAUGUAAAAAUCCCAUUGAGGAAGGCAAGGAAAUUAAAGUAAAAGAAGGCAGUAAUUUUCGUGGUUAUCGUUAUUCCUACGGACCAACAAAUUGGACUAUUUAUUAUCUUUGUCCGCAGUGCUUUCAACAAUACCAAGAGGAAAUCAAAGCCCAAAGAGAGAAAAAUUGGCAGCAA